GGGCGGUGCCACCGCCUCGCGCACACCACCCCCCACCCCCCCCUCUCCUCCGGCCCCUCCCGCCUAGCCCGGACGCUGCGUCAGCGCCAUGGAGCGGCGCGGGCGGGAGGCGGGAGCGGCCGGCCGCUAGAGCCCCGCCAUGGGUCGCCGCCCCCCGUGAGCCCCCGCCCAGGCCCCGGGGGGGGUGGGGGGGGGGGGGGGGGGGGGGGGGGCGCACUGGAGGAAUUUCCCCCCCCCCCCCUCCCCGGGCGCGCCCCCCUCCCCCCCCCCCGACAAAAACACCGGAGCGACAGGGAUGAGCGCCCCCCAGCGGUCGGAGCUGGCCGCCGCCGCCGCCGCCUUCCUGCGGCUGGGGGAAGAGCGCCCCCCAGCGGCCGCCGCCAUGAACCUGCUGCAGCGCAAAGGCCGCCCCGACUGGCGCCCCCCCCGCGAGGAGGAGACACGCAAGGGGGCCUCCAAGUCGCGGGAGGGGGGGUCCCUGCGGCGGCCCCUGCGCGUGGGGUUCCUGACGCUCCCGGCCCCCCAGGAGCGGGGUCCCCGGCCCCCCGCCCCCGGCAUGGCCCCCCGCUCCCUCUCCUGCCACGCUGUGGGGAUCCCCGACACCGGGGGCCCCCCCCGGCCCCCCGGCCCCCCCCGCCUGGGGCCCCCCGAGGGGCGGGGACUCGAGGCGCCCCCUGCCAAGAGGGGGGGCACCCCCCGGGGGUCCUGCGUGCGGCAGACGCCCCCCCCGAAACCCUCCCGCAGCCCCCAGACCCGCCUGGCAGCCGGGCCCCCCCCCCGCCCCCCCCGUCUGCGCGGGGGGGGCGGGGGGGGGCGGCAGCGAUGUGGAGGAGCCCGUUUACAUCGAGAUGGUGGGGGACGCCCGGCGGGGGGGGGCUGGAGGGGGAGGGGGGGACCCCCGGCGGGGGGGGGGGGCGCUCCCCCCCCUCCCCCCGAGGAGCCCGAGGCCAUUUACGAGGAGAUGAGCUGCCCCCUCCCCGCGGGGGGGGCGGGGCCGGAGGGGGGAGGACACGCCCCCUUCCCCGGCCACACCCCCUUCGUGGGCCACGCCCCUUUCCCCAUCAGCCACGCCCCUUUCGCCGGCCCCGCCCCUAUCCCCCCCCCUUUCCCCAACCUCCUGGCCCCCCGCCCCCCCCUGCUGGCCGCUCCCCCCGAGGGCUCGCGCCUGCCCCUCCCCCGCCGCGAGCCGCCCCCCCCCGCCCGCGCGCGCAGCCACUCCACCCCCCUCCCCCACCCCCACCCGGCGGCGGGAGGGGCGGGGCGAGAGCGGGGAGGGGCGGGGCUCGGGCCUUUGCCCCUCCCUCUUCCUGCUACCGCCCCCGAGGCCCCGCCCCCGGGGAAGCGGCCCCCCGCCUAUGACAGCUUGCGGGGGGGCGGGACGACGGCAAGCACCGCCCCUCUCCGCGAGGACGAGCCUCACCCUCGUUGGGGGGGCGGAGCCGCCCCUCGCCGCGGGAAAGAGGCAGAGAAGGCGUCGGAGCCCCCCCGGGAGGAGCGGGGAGGGGCGGCUCCCCCCCCCUCGGGGAUCCCGGUACGAGCAGAGGGACCGCGGGGGCGGCCGGGGCUGCCCCUCCCCUGCCAGACCUUCCCUGCCUGCGGCCGGCCCACAGACCUCCCCGGGGGGCACCGCCUGGGUCGCUCGGCAUCCACGUCGGGAGUGCGCCAAGCCGGGGCCCCCCCGUUUCCUCGGGGUCCCCCAGUUCCUCGUCCUUUAUCUGGGGGGGUCCCAGGAAUUGGGGGGGGUCCCGGGGGGGGUCCGGCCCCCCCCCGCCCGCGGGACGGGCAGCUGCAGGAGGUGAUCGACCGCAAACGCUGCGUCUGCACCGAGAUCAAGGCCAGGGGGACGGGGAGGGGGGGGGGGCUCUGUAAGCAGGACAGCCUGCCCCCCCUUCCCGCCCCCCCUUCUUGGAGGGGGGGGGCAGCGCCUGAGGGGAGACCCCCCCCUCCGCCCCCCCCUGGGACCCCCCCUGCCCGACGACCCCACGCCGUGCUCUGGGACACCGCUAUCUGACCCCCCCCCCCCGGGGUGCCUGGAGCAUCUCUGUAAAAACCUUCCCCCCCCCCCCCAAAUCUUACCCCCCUCACAAUGAAGGGGGGAGGGGGUGUCCUAAAAGCGAGGGGGGUGUUCCUAAAAUUAGGGAGGGUCCCUAAAAUGGAAGUUGAGUCUUUUAAAAGGGAAGGGAUCCCAAAACUGGGAGGGCCCUCAAAACUAGAGGGGGUCCUCAAAAUCGAGGGGGGGGCUCCUAAAUCGAGUGGGGGGGUCCUAAAUCGAAGGGGGGGGCACGACACGGCUGUGCCGGGUUGGGGGAGGAUUGGUGGGGGGGGGUGUAUUUAUGGUACGUUAAGCCCCUCUCUAAAUAAAAAGGGGGGGCAUGAUCCCCCCCCCCCCAAAAUGAGGGAGAGAAGGUGGAGACCCCCCCCAGGGUAAAGGGCAAGGGCCCCCCAUAAAGAAGGGGGAGAGGCCCCGCCGUAAAGAGACGAUCGAGUCCCCCAAUAAGGGGGUAACACCCCCAUAAUAAAGGGGGGGUCCCCCCAAUAAAGGGGGGUAGAGCCCCCCGGUAAGGGGGGAGGUCAAGCCUCUAAUUAAGGGGGGUAGAGCCCCCAUUAAAGGGGGGUCCAGCCCCCCAGAAAAGGGGGGUGCUGUAACUGCUUUGCAAAUAUAUUUAUGGGAGGGGUGGCGUGGGUGGGGGGUAUUUAUGGGGGUGCAUCCACGGUCAAGCAGGGUCUGGGGAGGGGAUUUGGCUCCGGGGGUCCGCGGUGCGGCCUGUGGGGGGGUGCGAGGGGAGGCGGGGGGGUCUCCCCUGGGAUUUUAGGGGGGGGAUGUACCAUUGGGGGGGGACAAAGGGCCCCCCCGACC